GAGUUUUGACCAUCUCUUUUUCUUCCCUCCUUCCUCUUCCUAACUUCCUUUCCUCUUCCUUACCUGCUCCAACCUGUCUCACCCUCAAAUCACCUCUCACUCUCCUUGCACAUGAAUGACAACUACCACUAUAUAUUACAACCCAACUCUAACUCUCUCUAUUGCUUUAACCAUUUUCAUUCCUCAUAAACCAUGGGCUCCUGCUUUUCCACCAACACCGCCACUAAGCCGCAGCAGUCAACGGCGGCGCAGAAGAAACAACCGCCGCCCAACAGACAUCAACGGCAGCGAGCCCAGCGGCACGUGGCUGGCUCCAGGCACGUGCCGUCCGGGAUGCGCGCCGAUUUCGGUUACGACAAGGACUUCGAUGAGCGUUACUCGCUUGGGAAGUUGUUGGGACACGGUCAAUUCGGUUAUACCUAUGUCGGAGUAGACAAAGCCAGUGGGGAUCGUGUUGCGGUUAAGAGACUCGAGAAGAGUAAGAUGGUUCUCCCUGCUGCUGUUGAGGAUGUUAAGCAAGAGGUCAAUAUAUUGAAAGCAGUUGCCGGUCACGAGAAUGUGGUUCAGUUCUAUAAUGCUUUUGAUGAUGAUUCAUACGUUUACAUAGUUAUGGAGUUAUGCGAGGGUGGAGAACUGCUGGAUCGGAUAUUGGCCAAGAAGAACAGCCGUUACACUGAAAAAGAUGCAGCUGUAGUUGUAAGGCAGAUGCUCAAGGUUGCAGCUGAGUGCCAUUUACGUGGUUUAGUGCACCGAGACAUGAAACCGGAGAAUUUUCUUUUCAAAUCAACCAGAGAAGAUUCACCUUUAAAGGCUACAGAUUUUGGUUUGUCAGAUUUCAUAAAGCCAGGAAAGAAGUUCCAUGAUAUUGUUGGCAGUGCUUACUAUGUUGCACCUGAAGUAUUAAAGCGGAAAUCAGGCCCUCAAUCUGAUGUGUGGAGUAUCGGUGUUAUUACAUACAUCUUGCUAUGUGGGAGACGCCCAUUUUGGGAUAAGACUGAGGAUGGUAUCUUCAAGGAGGUCUUACGUAACAAGCCUGAUUUCCGCCGGAAACCGUGGCCGACUAUAAGUAAUGCUGCAAAGGAUUUUGUCAAGAAAUUGCUAAUAAAGGAUCCUAGGGCAAGAUUAACUGCUGCUCAAGCUCUAUCACAUCCAUGGGUUAGAGAAGGUGGAGAAGCAUCGGAGAUUCCUAUUGAUAUAUCUGUCCUGAACAACCUGCGGCAGUUUGUGACGUAUAGUCGAUUCAAACAAUUUGCACUAAGGGCAUUGGCUAGCAUACUUAAUGAAGAAGAGUUGGCUGAUCUAAAAGAUCAAUUUGAUGCAAUAGAUGUGGACAAAAAUGGCUCGAUUAGCCUGGAAGAGAUGAGACAGGCUCUUGCUAAAGAUCUUUCUUGGAAGUUGAAAGAAUCACGUGUACUAGAGAUAUUGCAAGCAAUUGACAGCAACACAGAUGGGCUGGUGGAUUUCACUGAGUUUGUUGCAGCUACAUUACAUGUGCAUCAAUUGGAGGAGCAUGACUCUGAUAAGUGGCAGCUACGGUCACAAGCUGCUUUUGAGAAAUUUGACUUGGAUAAAGAUGGCUAUAUUACUCCAGAAGAACUUCGAAUGCAUACUGGCUUGAGAGGAUCGAUUGACCCUCUGCUUGAGGAAGCUGACAUCGACAAAGAUGGAAAAAUCAGCCUAUCGGAGUUUCGUAGACUUCUAAGAACUGCAAGCAUGGGUUCUCAAACUGUGACAACCCCAACUGGCUAUCAGCGGAGGAGCUAGUUUAGUGGUGUUUUAGAGACUGAGAUAUGUUAAGAUGUGAGAGUGCUGGAACUCCUCCAAGUUAUGUCUUGUGUGAUUAAGCUGAAGCCCAUAAGAUUAUCAUCUAUUAUGCAGAUUUUACUCACCAAAUGCUCUGGCAAUGUAAGAAACUCAAACUCCUGUGUUUAGUCGACGAUUCACCCGCACAAGGAUAUGUUCACGUCUUUGGGACUGCAUCAAGAGGUGUUUGGUAGAGUUUCAGAAGACCCUGCAUGGAAUGGCUUCAGGUAUUACGUCCAUUCCAGUGUAUAUCUUUUAAGUAUGGGCGUUUUAUUGGUUGUGCCAUGCAUGUAAUAAUAAUGAACUUCUUAGAACUGUCAAUAAAGAUGAAAUUAAAUAUGUUGAUUGAA